AUAGUAACUCUACAUUAUUGUUCUAGGUACCUGGGAAUAACGAGACCUCUUACGUACCCUGUAAGGCAGAAUGGGAAGUGUAUGGCCAAAAUGAUCCUGUGUGUAUGGCUUUUGUCAGCCUCUAUCACUAUACCACCACUCUUCGGCUGGGCCCAAAAUGUAAAUGAUGAAAAGGUUUGUUUGAUCAGUCAAGACUUUGGCUACACCAUUUACUCCACAGCAGUUGCAUUUUAUAUUCCAAUGUCAGUGAUGCUUUUCAUGUACUAUCAGAUUUACAAAGCUGCCAAGAGGAGUGCUGCUAAACACAAGUUCGCUGGUUUUCCUCGUCCAGAAAAAAUAGAAGGGAUUUCUAUGAAUGGAGUUGUAAAACUGCACAAGGAAUCUGAAGAAUGUACUAAUUUUUCACGGCUCCUAAAGCAUGACAAGAAAAACAUUUCCAUCUUUAAAAGAGAACAGAAAGCUGCCACUACACUUGGAAUUAUUGUUGGGGCUUUCACUGUCUGCUGGCUGCCCUUCUUCCUCCUCUCAACUGCCAGGCCCUUCAUCUGUGGUACAGCAUGCAGCUGUAUCCCACUGUGGGUUGAGAGAACAUUUCUAUGGUUGGGUUAUGCAAACUCUCUCAUUAACCCUUUUAUAUAUGCCUUCUUCAAUCGGGACCUGCGGACAACUUAUCGCAACCUCCUGCAAUGCAGAUACAGGAAUAUCAACCGGAAGCUAUCAGCUGCCGGGAUGCAUGAGGCUCUGAAGCUUGCAGAAAAGCCAGAAUUUGUUCUGUAAGGUCAUUCAUCCUUUACUAUAAUAAUUUCUUGUUUUACCACAUUGGCUUUUCCCCCACAGAUUUGAAAGAAGAGUUGUGGGAAGAACCAGGCUUAUUGAGCACUUUUAAGGUAGUCAUCAAGAAACUGGAAGGUAGCAAGGUUAAUUCGUGUACAGC